UCGAGCGUAUGGGCGUGCAUACGCAGGAAAUCAACAACGGUCACAUGAACAUCACUGAUCUUAAGGUCUACAGUGUCACAGACGGCGCCCGUACCAGGAAGAACACGUCCUCGAGUGGAAACAGCCAUCCGGUGUGGCGGAAACUUCCGGAAUGGAGCGACAAGUUUCUAGCGAAGCUGAAAGACGAGGUGACGAUUGCCAAGCCGCUUGUUGGGCUAGACGUCUCACACUUCCGGUUCCUUCUGCUGGGUCCCAUCGGCUCCGGCAAGUCCAGCUUCAUUAACACUGUGAACGCCGCCAUUUCCGGUCGCGUCACUCAGCGUGCGAGCUGCGGCACAUCGCACCACAGUGUCACGACCACGUACACGCCAUACACGUACCGGAAUUGCUCUGGUUCCUCACUGCACCUGAAGUUGUGUGACACACCCGGUCUGGAACCAACCCAGGGGAUUGACGUCACAGACUGCCGCUUUCUGCUCAACGGUCACGUGCCGGAAUUCUACACCUUCAACCCAUCUGUCCAUUUUGGGCUGGACUCCCAUGAGUUCCGAGUGAAAUCGACUGCGGACGCCAAGGUGCACUGCGCAGUUUUCGUCAUCGACGCCUCAACCGUCGACCAUAUGUCCGAGAAACUCGUGGAUACAAUGACGUCAUUCAAGAAAAUCAUGUUCGAGAAAGGUGUACCCCAAGCUGUUCUGCUUACAAAGAUAGACACAGUCAGUGACACCGUCGACGAAGAUGUUUCUCGAGUAUUCAACUGCGCCGACAUCGAACAGAAGGUGAAAAAGGCUUCAGAGGUUCUCGGGUUGCCUCGCAACAGUGUGUUUCCUGUGAAGAACUACGAGCAUGAGAUUGACGGAGAUCGGAACGUGGACAUUCUGGCGCUUGUGGCCCUCAGGCAGCUGCUCUACUUCGCCAUGGACUACUUGGAGAACCAGAAAAUGCAGCAAAAUAAGACGGGAGACUCGGUGCGGCUACAGUGCGGUCUAUGGUGUGUGCCGGCCAAGAAAAGGUGAGCGCGUCUAACCUACGUGAGGUCAUACGUCAUCAGUGUCGUCAUCAUCAAUGUUGUCACAGUGGUCGUCUAAAAUUCAGAAGAAUUGUUUAUCGAUGCGUGGAAAUGAAAGUCACGGGAACAAUAGAGGAAUCUAGUAGUGUGACUCAGAUUGACAUGUGUUUAUAAGUGAAUAUGAGGACAUUCGUAUUGGGACAUUAUAUGCCGAUUGGAGAUAACAUUUGAAACACCAUGGGCAUAGCGUCUCUAUCACCAGUGGAAUGUGUUGAGGAGUGUAUGCAUGAACAGUUUUGUCAUGUGCAUUUAAUUGUUUAGUAUUUAUAUACAUAGGCAGCGUUACAAACAGAGUAUUUCUUUAGUAUAUAUCAUGGUACAACGUGUACAUCGUUGCUUUGAUCAGAUUCAUCGUGUAUGCCACUUUAAACAUUUUUUUUUCCAUUUACAACGAAACAUCAGCCCAAAAUACAACAAACCUUAACAACCUCGUAUCCAUUUUUUAAGACAUCAGUGUUAUUGUUAGGCGAAUAUAAACACCUCAGGCUGUAUUCUUUAGGAUAUUGUUGUUUUUUUAAAUCACAAUCCUUCCGUCCUCGUUUGGUGCAUUUGAAAACGGUUCAAAAUGAUGUUAUCUGAAUGUUUCACAGAUGAUGACUAAGUAAGUCAAAAUCUAGUUCUAGCUCUCAGGCAAUGUGAAUGCGCAGUUCCAAUUUCCAUAUUUUGAGACAUUUCUUGUGCUCAUGCAUUCAGGGUGGAAAUCAUUAUUUAAAUAAAGAAGACGGCGCCAAAUGUUUUUUUCUAAAGAUUUGAAUUGUUCUUUUUUAAGUGAUAAUUAAACGCCUCAGUUGACUACGGUAGAAUCCGCCUGUUCCGUUCAUUUUACUCGACUAUUUGUUUAUAAUUGAUUUGGCUUUUUGAAAAGUCGAUGUCACACAUAUAUGUGUAAUGAAAUCGUACGAACUACGUGAAGCUUCAUAUUUUGACAGUCAUCAUUUUUGUUGUAUAGGUAGCGUUAUGUAGUAUAUUGUAAAUAAUGUAGAGGGUCAAAACUGAAACACAUGUCAGCAUGCACUAAAAUAAGUAUCAGGAACAUUAUAUUUCUUCUGUCAAAGUGUCCGUUAUCUACAUUCUUAUCAUGUCGUCGUAAAAUACAUCUCCAUUUCCUCUUCAUACAAACAAAGGUCUUAGC